AUGGUCAGUCCCGGCACCGCUUUGCUGAGUUACCUUCUCACCGCUGGUGGAAAAGCCCCUGCUGUCAAGCACAAAUUCGUGAUCGACUACUCUCGCCCAGCAACGGACGGCGUCUUCGAUGGCGCUGACUUCGAAAAGUUCUUGCACGAUCGUGUAAAGGUCGAGGGCAAGUCUGGUCAGCUCGGUGAAAACGUCAAAAUCGUUCGGGAUGGCAACACCAAAAUUACUGUUACCUCCAACGUCCCUUUCUCAAAACGCUACCUCAAGUAUUUGACAAAGAAAUUCUUGAAGAAAAACACCCUGCGCGACUGGAUCCGGGUGGUCGCAUCAUCCAAGGAUACGUACGAGUUGCGUUUCUACAACAUCGCCCGUGAUGGCGAGGAUGAUGAUGAAGAGUAA